GGGAGCGGAGGUAAGGGGAGGGGAAGAGUUGUCGGUCCAUGACAUGAAUGAACCAUGUUCGGUAACAGAGGGUUAGCUCUCCCGGUUUGCUCCUUUCUCCUGCUACACCUCCCGGUUCUCCCGCUAACGAACAACUGGCCCAUUAAGGACAGAAGUGAAGGGAGGGUGGAGCAGCGUAACAUCUAUCUACAAUCACACAGCCAUGGAAGUCUGAAUGUCAAACAGACAAGCAACAAGGAGGAUGUGUUUCAGUGGUGGGGGGAGUGGUCCAGUUGGUCCUCUUGUUCCAGGAGCUGUGAAGGAGGAGUGAGGAGUCAGGAGAGACACUGUCUCAUACAGAGGCUGUCCACCACACAGAACAUAAACAUCCCAUAUUGUGUUGGCUCUCCUAAACAGUACCAGCUCUGUCCAAACCAGCCCUGUCCCAGCCCUAGUGUUAGCUUCAAACAGCACCAGUGCUCCCAAUUUAACUCUAAAGCCUUUGGAAGAAGGUACUACCAGUGGAUACCUCUUUACCCAGCUGAUUACAUCAGCAUCUCCAACAAGCCAUGUGACCUGCAGUGUACAACAAUCAGUGGUGAGCGACAGCUCCUAGUUCCUGCCCACGAUGGUACAUUCUGCCGUGAUACUAAAUACCAUGGAGUCUGUAUAGAAGGAAUAUGUCAGCCUGUAGGUUGUGAUGGGGAAUUGUACAGCAGUAAGACAGUGGACAGAUGUGGAGUAUGUGGAGGCAAUGGGGCAUCAUGCCAGCGCAUCUCUGGAUCAUACAGGAAGGCACUCACACAGUUAGGCUAUGUGUUCAUCACCAACAUACCAGCUGGAGCAACAGACAUUCAGAUCAUAGAGAGACACAAGACUGAGAACAUCCUGGCCCUGUCAGAUGAAGCUGGUCAUUUCUUUUUCAAUGGAAACACUGUGUUUGACAAUCCUCAAAACUUCCGCGUGGUGGGAACAGUGUUUAAAUACCGACGUCCAAGCAGUGUGUUCUCUGAUGGGCUGGAGUACAUCAUUGCCCAGGGGCCAACACUGCAGGGCCUCAAUGUUAUGUACUACAACUUGAAUGGGAAGCUCCCUCACAUCACCUACGAGUACACCAUCCCCUUCAAGUCUUAUGACAUCACUGCUGCAGAGGGCGUCACUACACGCCCUGGCCACCCCCAUCUUAACUUCACCUAUAAUGAGGUAAAUGAGGAUGUCAGACGGGAUCAGGCUAGGUUGACAAACCAAAGCAGAGGGAGUGUGACAUCUUUCCAUCACUACAACACCCAGCUGAGAGCUGAUGAUCAGUCAGAUAUCCAGCUGCAGGGAGAAGAGGAGAGGAAAGUUGUGUGGGAAAUCCGGACACCAAGCCCUCCACCGCCAGCGGCCAUGUUGGUCUAUAGACCAGCUGUCACCACUCAUGUGUUCAGCCACAAUGAUGUGGAAGAGCAGGGACAUCUUGCACCAUCUGGCUACAGGAGUUCCUCCAAUUCAAUUGACGAGCCGUCCACUGCUGAUGACAACACUCUAGUGCUCUCUUUCCCAGGUAGUCAAAGCGUUCAUUCUGCAGCCCUGCCUGAAGAGGCCCCCUAUCUGCUGCUGAAGAACCUACAAUACAACCAGACACACUCCAACACGCAUUCCCUCACACAGUCAAACACAUACUCCGUUAAACACACACUCAAAGAUCCACAUUCACCAUCAGAAACACAUGCUGAAACAUUGUCAUCCACAGACACAGAAACACACUCAGACACAUUCAAGGUUACUGACACACUCUCUGCCACACAUAUAGAAAUAGAACCUGACAAAAACUCAGACACACACACUGUCAUCUUGGUACAGCUGCAACAGGUGUCUGCAGUCAAGACAGCCAACACAGAGAGCAAUGACUUUGAUGUGGGUCUGGACCCAGAUAUUAGUCUGGCAGACAUGUAUCGCUGGAAAGUUUCUGCUUAUGCUCCCUGCAGCUCCACCUGUACAACAGGUAUCACCACUAACUAUGCCCUGUGUGUUCGGUAUGAUGGCACAGAAGUCGAUGACAGUUACUGUGACUCUCUGACCAGGCCAGAGCCCACACAUGAGUUCUGCACUGGAAAGGAAUGUCCUCCAAGAUGGGAGACCAGUGGUUGGAGUGAGUGUUCUCGAACCUGUGGUGAGGGUGUUCAGUACCGCACUGUGCGCUGCUGGAAGAUGCUGUCACCAGGUCUGGACUCCUCUGUCUAUGAUUCAUUGUGUCUGUCACAUGACCUGCACAAACCAGCGAAUAGAAAGGUCUGCCUUGGCCAGAGCUGUGGACCACAAUGGGAGGUGUCUGACUGGUCAGAGUGCUCGGCACGUUGUGGCUCUCGGGGUGUUCGGACUCGGGAGGUUCGUUGCUCCAUGGAAAUGAGACUAUGUAACAAGUCCUCUCAGCCAAUAGAAAGUCAACAAUGUGAGGCCCCUCCCUGUGACAGAAGAUGGACAGUUUCUGACUGGGGACCUUGCUCAGGUGUGUGUGGAGAGGGAAGAAUGGUGCGUGCAGUGACAUGUCGAUCGUCAAGUGGGCUAGUGAUGUCAGACGAGCAGUGUGACCAAUCACUGCGCCCACUGGCCAUCUAUCCCUGUGGUGACAGAAACUGCGCCCCCCACUGGGUUGAACAGGAGUGGCAACAGUGUAACGCUACCUGUGGCCGUGGGGUGCGGCAGCGUCAGGUGGUGUGUGCUGGGCUGGAAAGUGGUGUGUUCAAAGAGUUUCCAGACAGUAGCUGUGACCAAACCAACAAACCAGAGACCAGCUCCUCCUGCUUCCAGAGACCCUGCUCCAAAUGGUUCAUCACAUCCUGGUCCCAGUGCAGUAAAACCUGUGGGAGUGGUGUCCAAGUUCGAGAAGUCAAGUGUUACCAGGGAGAGGAGCUGGUAACCAGGGGCCACAGCUGCAACUCUGCCCUCAAGCCAGAAGCCAGACAGAGCUGUGAAAUCCAGAGCUGUCCAACAGAAGCACCAGUAGCAGCCCCAGCAGCAUCAAUAGCAGUAGAUGACUUCUGCCAAGAUAAGCCAACAGCCAACUGUGCCCUAGUCCUAAAGGUGAAACUGUGUUCCCAUUGGUACUACAGAAAGGCCUGCUGCCAGUCCUGCAAGGCACCGAGACCCUGAAGUCAAACAUUGAAAAAGACCAGCAGUUCCAGAGAGAAGAUGCCUCUUAAAGCUUCUGUGUCACUAUUAGUAGUGAUGUUUGUGUGGUGUGGGGAAGAAUGUGUGUGU